AUGGGAUCACCUAGUGUUGUGUGGUCUCCCCCACCUGCGGGUACUAUGAAGCUAAACUUUGAUGCUGGUUGGGCGGGACCUCGUGGCCAAGGAUUUGGGCUGGUUGUCAGAGAUGAUAAAGGGGUUUUUCAAGUUGCAGCCUCCCACUAUGAAGAUCACAGAUCGGAUCCUCUGGUUGCUGAAGCUUUGAGCUUCAGAUGGGCUCUAAAGUUAGCUGCAGAAUGGAACUUAGAUAACUUAGUCUUUGUGUCUGAUUGUCAACAACUUGUUUCAGCCUUUCACAAAAAAACAAAUGUAGUAGCUCAUGCUCUUGCAGCUGAGAGUCACUUGUAUCAUGACUGUACCUGGUGGGGAGAUCCUCUUAUUGGUAUCCUAUUACACCUAGUUACGGAUGUUCCUGAUCUUUGA